GCUCGAGGUCCAAGCAUUUUGGCGUUCUCACAUGCUUUAUGCUUCUCAUUGUCUUCGAGGAUCAUAGACGUUCGCCUUCUGUGUGGUUCCUGGACACGGACUACAGACAGACUCUCACGGCUGCUUUGACAGUAGAGGAGAAUGAAGGCCAAGGCCCCACCUCCACCUCACCCCUCAGCCUGCCCCCGCAGGAUCUUCCGUAAUGCUGUUCCUGAUGGAGGAGGAUCUUCAGUGGGAGACAGCAAGGAAAACAUGCUUCGACCCUCUGUGGACCUCCAUAUCAGUCUGCCUUCAGGGUAUCAGACCACCGUCAAUGUGGAUGGCAGAAAAGCUCUGAUGGAUUUGUUGGUGGAUCUGUGCAGUCAGUAUCAUCUGAAUCCAACAUAUCAUACCCUGGAGCUGCUGUCACCCGAUGCUCAACCUGUCAUUUUUAAGCCCAACGCCCUGCUGGGCGCCCUGGACGUCUCCUGCGCCCUGAUCAAAGAACGAGUGCUGGAGGACAAGGUGAUCCGGAAACCUCCACCCAAGAUGCCAGAGAAAACUGUGCGUUUGGUGGUAAACUAUCACCGCAGUCAGAAAGCAGUUGUUCGUGUAAAUCCACUGGUCCCACUGCAUACCCUGGUGCCUGUGAUUUGUCAGAAGUGCGAGUUUGACUCGGCCCAUGUCUUGCUGUUCAAAGACAAUAUCAGCCAUCAACAGCUGGACCUGGACAAGUGCCUGAGCGAGCUGGGUAUCAGAGAACUCUAUGUGCUGGAUCAAACACUAGCUGAAUCUCUUCACUCCAACAGUCUGAGUGGAUCAGAGAAAAAGAGCCUGCUGGGCUUCCUCAAGUUUAAUCGCAGGAAAUCAAAGGGUAUGUCGGUUGCAAGCAGUCCAUGUGUGGAGACCCGUCCUAGCACUCUGGGUCAGUCUCAGUCUGUGAUGAACAUCUCCAAGAUGUCCCCAAAAGUGGAAUUAAAGAAGCGCAGAGCUCCAGCACCCCCACCAGCUCCCACACAGACUUUACCACUGACAUCCCAGAUAAACCUCAGCUCUGCAUCCUCACAUAACCAUCUUAAGAAACGGAAGGCUCCAGCACCUCCACCCACACCAUCGCCCGAACCAGUUAUUUCCACUUCUGUGCCUACUGAAUCUGUGCGGACCCCCUGCAUCCCGGUGCCAGUUGAAAGGACCCUGCUGCCAGUUCCCAGAGCCUCAACCCCAGCCGAUGAUUCUGAUUUGAGCCAUAGUAUUGAGGAUUCAGAGCCCGCCAGGUCCAUCUGUAGUAGCUCCAGCAGUGAUAUAGCUGCAGGUUCCAGCAGCAGUAGUUUAGCUGAAGAACCUGUAACACAUCAGGUUCAUGUCAUAGCUGCAUACACCACAUAUACACCAGAACCUGAACCUGAACCUGAACUUAAACCUGAACCUACACCUGAACGCAAGGAAGAAGCAGCUCGUCAGACUCCAGAACCACCUCCUCAAGAACCAAGUCCAAGUUCAAAGGAUCAAAUGGCAGAAGACCCAGAGCUAGAGAUGGAGCUCAAAAUGGAAGAGAUGGAGAAUAACCGCAAUAGUGGAAUAGCCUGGCUGCAUUCAGCACAUGAGUCUGUGUCAGAGAAUAUGGCAGAGCAGGACGUGGAAACAACAUCUGUCGCCAGCAAUGAGAGUUUUGCAGACCAAGGUUACGCAGCAUCAGAGGGCAUGGCUGAGGAGUCCGUCCCAGUCUCUCCCUCCGAAAGGAUGCAAUCUGUGUCACCCAUGUCUUUAAACAGUGGCUCAGCUCUACCUUGUAACCAGUCCAAAGACUCUUCAAGUGACAGUGAUGAGGGUUGUGCGACCUGGGGCUCUAGACAAAGUACCGGAAAUAUUCAGCGAGAACAUCAGUCAAUCAAGAGACAAAAUGGAUAUGAAGAAGACCCAGAGAUUACUGCUCAGAUUCAGCUUACCCUGGCCGAUCUAGAUGCAAAUCUGACAGAUGUUAAUAACUCAGAAGGAACAUCUGUGUUUGUGGAUGAAGAAAUACCUGUGUCUAUUGUUGACUUGGACAUUCCAGUGACCUCCAUUGAUGAAAUUCUUGAUGAUGACCAGUGCAGCUCGAGUGAGUGCGAGGCAGCAUUGUUACACAGCUCUCAAAACAUCACCAGCCAAUUGUGUGCACCAAGUGAAGCUAUCGAAAACAAAAACAACAACGCCUGCGGGACAGAAGAGAAAAAGUCUGUUCCCGAAAGAAGUCCAUCCCCAGACAUAAAGAAGCAGUCGCAAGAGACUACACUCAAAGUUAUUGAGAAAACCAUGAAUCCAUCUCCAACCAGUGAGAGGCCAUCACAAGAUACUAAACUUGUGGAGCAAAAAUUGGACAGUAUGAAACAGAAGACUGUCUUUAACUCUGACGCUGUAACUGAAGAACUGAAGAAGGUAUCACAGAAGUCCCAAAGUUUUGUGCGUCCUGUUCAAAGUGUUCAAAAGGUUCCUGAUGAGAGACAGACGACAGCACCUAUGGUUCAGAGGUUCAGUAAAGAGACUUCUUAUGAAGAAAGGACACCUAUUAACAGAGUCCCAACAAUUCAGGGUAAGAUCACCCAGAGUUCCUUCUCUCGUUUUGGAAUGAAAACCUUUACAGUCAUCCCUCCCAAACCGACUGUGUCUCAGACCAAGCCUACAGGCUCUCUAGUCAUAGGUGCCAUCAAGAUUGAUGAACAGGGCAACAUGGUUACACAAAAACAGAUUUCCACUGGCCCAAAGAAAAAUGGCAAUCCCAGUGUUGAAACUAGUACAGACACAUCCCCAUUGGACAAAGCCAAAGCAUUCUGGAGCACUGCAGAAAAGCAAGACCAAUCAACUACGAUCAACCGGGGACCCAUAGUAAACAAUAAAGAUACUGAUGUUUUCAAACCCUCGAUUGUUUCUGGAGUCUCUCAUCUUUCAGUGGAAACACCUCCCGAAGAAACACACAAAGAGGUCAUUAUAUUGGAAAGGAAGACCAUAUCUGUAGUGGCAAGUAAGCCUUCAUUCCCAGAGCCUACAGAAAAUUCCUCUUUAACAGCUGAAAGGCGAGAUUACUCUUUUCUUAUACCCUCCAGAAGAACCUCCAGCCAAUACGUAGCUUCAGCUAUUGCUAAAAACAGCAGCAUUCCCAACACUAAAACAGACAUCAAGCAGGCACCAUCGGAGUCCAUCGUUGGUGUUCAAAAACCUGUAAAUCAACAGUUUAAUAGUGAGUUUAGGCUUGCUGCUACUUAUAAACCCCCUGAAAAUGUAGUGCCUUCUUUUGGAAACCCUAAACACCUGCAAAGUUACCUCAGUCAUGUUACAGAAAAGCCAGCAAGUUCUGAGAGAAUAAGCAGUGUUGAAAAAGGCACUGUGCAUGGGGAAGACAGAACCAAAUCUCUGGACUCACAUCCUUUAAAUAACAAAAUCCAGCCCUCCAAACACAUGUCUGUUCACAUUAAACCCUUGGAAUCUUCCUCUGAAGAAGCCACAUCAAUCAAUAAGUUCCCAGACACCUCUGCCAGACAGACGCCAAAAGACACCACACGUCCACCACUUACAAAGAAGCCAGAGUUAGACAAAUCUGAGAUUCCAUCUGAACCAAACCAGGGUAACUUGUUUGGACCGGUUAGGAAGUUCAAGCCUGUUAUUUUUAAGCCUGUACAGAAGGAAAUGUCUGUCCAUAGCUCGCUAAUGGAGGCCAUACAGUCUGGAGAGGGCAUUGAACGGCUCAAAAAGGUGUCUGACUUGUCUACAAAGAGCAUAGUUAGAGAGCCGUCUUACAGUGAUGCAGACAAUGAGCGUUCAGCGCUUCUUUCAGCAUUAAGAGCUCCAAGCAACUCUGCAAGACUGAAGAAGACCAAAUCAGGAGCAGCUAAGGAGUUGGAGCAGCUCAGGAAGCUUGAGGAAGAGAGAAAUGUCUCACCUCCUCCCACUUCUUCUCCUGCUUUUGUGCCACCCCCACCUCCAGUCUUUGUUCCUCCCCCACCUCCACCUUCAGGUCCAGUCAAGCCCCCUCUAGUGCUGCCUCCUGGAGAAAACCCAGAGGCGGCCCGAGAGGCUCUUCUGGAGGCCAUUCGUUCAGGCUCUGGGGCUCAAAGACUGAGGAAGGUCCCUGUCACACAGACAAGAAGGCAAGUGAAUGGAAGACUUGGAACCAUCCAGGCAACAUCACCGCUUUCUUAUGGACACUAGAAACCUUCACUGGAUCACCGUUUGGGUUUACCCAUCGCCAAAUCUGGUGUUUAAGCACUUGUGCUAAUGCUGUUGCAGAUAAUGCUAACACAAUAUUCACAGCCUUCUUUAUUUAUAGUGAUAUGCUGCUUCACAUCAGUGCCAAUACUAAUUUGCCUAGUUUCAGGCAGUUUAUGUCCUACUGACAUUCUAAUGACAUGGAAGUUCUUUGUUAAUGCUGCUUUGAGGUGUUUUUUUUCAUAUGUCUGCCUGACUUCUAUAUCUCUAUCAGUAUUAUACCUGAAUAUAUUAUGCAGGUAUUUGCUGUUGCAUCACAGUAUAGGUGUUGGGCUGCAAUUGAAUCCACCUGCCAAUCACAUCAGUCUGUUUUUUGAUUUUUUUUUUUAAAGAAACACUAAGUGGUAAAAACACUGCAAUUUUUAUUUAAUCGUUAUUAUAAAGGUGUUUCUCUAAAUGUUUUGUUAUUUUACACAUAUAUAUAUAUAUAUAUACAGUACAUAAUGAUGAUUAGAUCACAAACUUUUUUUUAUUAGAAAUGUAUCGACAACGAACCCUUCUCGACACUCUAUGAAGCAUUGCGCAGUAGAUAAAAUGCACUUUCUCUAAAACUAACUCUUACAGAUUAUUUUGAAAGCCUUGUAGAUAAGUAUGAUUGGACAUAACAUAAUCAAUUCCUUUUUAUCAGUCUGCUAAAGAACUGUGAUUUAGAGCUGUCAUCUUAAAAUCAUACACUAAUUAGAAUAAAUUGUUUAAUAUAUUUACACAAGCUGUAAAUGUAUUUAUGUUGUUGCAAUUUAGGAUUGUAGACUAUAUGACUGUAUGCCUGUACAGUGGUAAUCUUAUUGAAGAAAUGACUUAGAUAUAAGUCAACAGGUGGAUAUUUUGUAUAAAUAUAUCUGAUACUAAUAUAGCAAGUUUCAAAUCUGGCACUAAAGCAUUUGUGUAAGGAAAAUAUUUUUUAAAUAAUGCUUUUGUAAUUUUUUUUUUUGAUUGCAGCACAAAUUGAAUCAAACUUGUAAAUCAAUAAAAAUAUUUUACAGUCUUUCCA